GGGAAGCAGAAGCGGCUUCUACCAAAGCUCAACCCAAGUGGGAUGGCACAGGGAGCUGUGCUUCCAGCAGGUCUGGAAGGGCUGUAAAAACAUGAUACAGAAAUUUCAUAUUAGAAAAGCAAAAGGAUUGUGCAAGUAACAUACAAAUCAGAAAAACUGCAAUAAAAUAAUCCCCUGAGGUUGCAGAGGAGGAGUUCACCUGAAGCACAGCAAAAAGGGAACAGCAGAGAAUGUUGGAGGGGCCGUGCCUGUGAGGGCUCAGUGCUGGCCCUCAGGAAGGAAGUGUUGGAACAGUGGCUUUGUGGUGGGAAGUCACGAGUUCAGCACUUCCCCUCUGUUUCUGGCAAAGAUUUGUGUGUGUGUGGCCAGCAUGGACACAGCGUGGGGCCGAGGAAGCAGCUGGGGACAGGGCACCCUGCACCAUGGACACAGCUCCUUCCUCUGCCAGGUCUCUUUGGAUAAGAGCUGUGCCAACACAUCACCCAUCUCCCCCUGGCCCUGGGGGCUUCAGUGGUGCCCUGUGAGCUCAAGCUGCCUGACGUGCUGUGGGACACAUCUCUGCAGAGCCCCACUAUCCAGCCAUGCUUCACUUCCUCUGGGACAGCAUCUCCCUGCAGACAUUCCUCAUCUUUCUCUUCGUCUUCCUGCUCAUCGCAGACUACAUGAAGAACAGAAAUCCAAGGAAUUUCCCUCCCACUCCCUUCCGCCUUCCCUUUUUGGGGCACAUCUAUCUCGUGGACUUCAAAGAUCCUUUGGCUGCAAUGCAGAAGUUAAAUAAAAGAUAUGGUGACAUCUUUGGCAUGCACAUGGCCAGCAUGAAGUUUGUGAUGGUAAAUGGAAUGCGGCUGGUGAGAGAAGUGCUCGUAAACCAAGGGGACAAGUUCAUGGAGCGCUCUGACUUUCCCCAUGAUGAGGACAUAUUCAGCAAGGUCGGACUGAUCUCCUCCAGCGGGCACCUGUGGAAGGCACAGAGGAGGUUCACCCUGAGCACGCUCCGGAACUUCGGCUUGGGCAAGAGGAGCCUGGAGGAGCGCAUCCAGGAGGAGUGCCAGUUCCUGGGGGAUGUGUUUAGGGAUGAACAGGGGAAUCCUUUCAACCCUCAGCUUAAAGUGACUAAUGCUGUUGCAAAUGUCAUCUGCUCCCUCAUCUUUGGCAAUCGGUUUGAAUACCAUGACGAGGAUUUCCAAAGACUGCUGAAGCUGAUGUAUGAAAUGACUGCCCUCCAGGGAGCUAUCACAACCCAGCUCUACAACAAUUUCCCGUCUAUAAUGAAGUACGUACCUGGAGCCCACCAUACCAUUGUUAACAACUGGAGGUUAUUGAAAAAAUUUAUGCAAGAGCAGAUCAACAAACACAAGGAGGACUGGAACCCUUCAGAGAGCCGGGACUACAUUGACAGCUACCUGCUGGAGAUCUCCAAGGACCAUGACAGUGACACCUUCCGUGAGGAACACCUCAUUGCCUGCACACUGGACCUGGUGUUUGCUGGGACUGAGACCACGUCCUCAACCCUCCGCUGGGCUUUGCUGUUCAUGGCCAUACAUCCAGAAAUUCAAGCCCGGGUGCAAGCUGAGAUUGAUGCAGUCAUUGGCCAGGCACGGCCACCAGCCCUGGAGGACAGGAACAACCUGCACUACACCAAUGCUGUCAUCCACGAAGUGCAGAGGAAAGGCAAUGGUCCUUUCAAUGGUCCAAGAAUGGCAUCAGAGGACGCCUAUGUGGAUGGCUACUUCAUCCCAAAGGGCACUGUUAUAAUGACUAAUUUAACCUCUCUGAUGUUUGACAAGAAUGAAUGGAAAACCCCUGAGCAUUUUAACCCCGAGCAUUUUCUGAAGGAUGGGAAGUUCUCGAAAAAUGAGAAUUUUAUACCAUUUUCUCUGGGGAAGCGUUCCUGCCUGGGCGAGCUGCUGGCCCGUUCCGAGCUCUUCCUCUUCUUCACCUCCCUGCUCCAGAAAUUCACCUUCCAGGCACCCCCUGACACCAAGCUCAGCCUCCAGUCCAUGAUGGGCAUUACACUGGCCCCAAAGCCCUACAAGAUCUGUGCUGUGCCUCGGUAGGGAAGCCUUGGCCA